AUGAAUCAUGCCACUAAGGUUAACAGCCGUUUGCAGCGACUGCAACAUUGGAGAUACAUUAGACUCCUUGGAGGCGUGUGUCUUUUGAUGCUCUUCCUUUGGGUGCAGUAUUCGAUCUUAACUACUGAUAUAAGUAGCAAUCCAGUUGACUUACACAGCACUACAAAAUCGGACCAUCUGAGAGGCAAUGACCAUCUUGGACAGCGUUACAAGGUGGAUAUUGCUACAAACGACUCAACACGAGGGACAGCGGCAUGGGAAGAGCUCGAUAAAGCCAUUGGGAUGCUGGCGGACGUUGAAGAACCCGACAAAGAUGUCGCUGCAGCUCCUUCUGCAAUGCAAGAGAACAGGCGCUUGGCUGUGCGCAAGGCAAUGCAGUUUGCAUGGGGAAAUUACGAGGAACACGCAUUUGGUGGUGAUGAAUUGUAUCCAAAACGCGGCUCGAAUCAUAGCCAAGUCUGGGGUGAUAUUGCCUGCACUUUAGUAGACAGCAUUGAUACGCUCUGGAUCAUGGACCUUAAAGAUGAAUUUCAACGUGCUAGAGAUUACGUGGCCAAUCAUUUAGAUUUUUCACACUUAGGUCGUGAUGAAAACACAGUUUCGGUAUUUGAGACCAUCAUUCGCGAAGUGGGUGGCCUUUUAGGCGCAUUCGACCUCUCUGGAGAUAUUAUUUUCAAGGAGAAAGCUGUAGAGCUUAUGGAUCGUCUCACACCUGCAUAUAAUGAGAAGGAGGGUGUUUUUUAUACAUUAUAUAAUCCAUUUACGAAAGCCAAGAGCUUUAAUCACUUUGCUGCAUACCGAGCUCAUAUCGCAGAUGUCGGCACACUUCAGCUUGAGACUCGGUAUCUGUCUGAUAUCACUGGAGACUCAAAAUACGCUCAAAUGGGUGAUGCGUUUUACCACAUCGUGAAACGUGAAGGAUCACAUAAGAAAACAGGCUUAUUUCCCGUGCACUUUGAUUCUGUUUCCGGAAAGUUCGAUGCACAACAUAGCAAACUCACUCUUGGUGCACUUGGUGACUCGUUCUACGAAUAUUUGCUGAAAGUUUACAUUUAUAGCGCCAAGCGUGAUGAGGACAAGUAUUUACGCGAGCUGUACGAUGAUGCAGUGAGAGGAAUUGAAGAGUUUUUGCUUUUUUUCUCUAUACCCGAUGAUCUCUACUUUCUGCAAGAUCUGAAUCUACCCUCAUUAUCGGCCGUUCGAAGCAUGGAUCAUUUGACAUGUUUUGUUCCAGGAAUGUUGGCUUUAGGAACGUUGUUUGAGACUGACGAUCAUGUGAAAAAUGCCAAACACCUCGAACUUGCAGAAAAGCUUAUGGAGACUUGCUAUCAACUAUAUCGACGUCAGCGAACGAAACUCUCGCCGGAUAUUGUGAGUUUUCCAAAUAUGCAAGCAACUGAUCAAAAGCAUCGUCUUCGACCAGAGACUAUCGAGAGUCUCUUUUACUUGUAUCGUGCUACAAAAAAUCCGAAAUAUCGUGAGUUUGGCUGGAACAUCUUUCAGGCUCUCGAGACACAUGCAAAGGUCAAGCACGGUUAUGCUGCCAUUCUGGAUGUUACGGAGAUUCCUGCUCAAACGGAAGAUAAGAUGGAGAGUUUUUUUUUAGCCGAGACGCUUAAGUAUCACUAUUUACUUCAAGCACCCGAAAGUCUCAUUCCACUGGACGAGUAUGUGUUUAAUACUGAGGCACACCCUCUACGUAUCCGCAAGAAAAAGUUAAAUUAG